AAAGUUAUUUUCAAAUCCAAAAAUUCUUUUUGACAUAUUUAUAAAUUAUUAUUUUAAAUCUUAAUUAUAUACAUAUAUAUUUUAAAAAUCUUAAUUCUCUCAAACUUUCUCAAAUCUAAACCGUAAAUUUAAACUCUAGAGAUAUAAAUGUACGUGAUUUCUUUAAUAAAAUUUAUUUUGGUUAUUUUGAGUUUUGUAUGCUAUAUUUGUAAGAAAAUUUAGUACUAUUCUUAAAUAUUUCUCAUAUUUAUUUAUAUAAAUAUUUUCUUUAUAAAAAGGAGCCUAUUUUGUGCCCUCUCAUACAUGCUUUUUGCUUUCGAAAAUAAAAAUAAGAUUACCAGAGUAAAAUACACUUGGUAAAACUCAAAAUCUAGCUCACGAUAGGCCAAGCAAAGUAAACAAGGUUGCCAUUUGAACUAUAAACGACGUUGCCAUUUAAUAACCUUUGAUCAAUUGCAUGUUUGCCAAACAGCCACGGCAUACAAUGAAAGCAUACACAGACGAGAUACUCAUAAAAUCUCCUCAUAUUGACGACCACAUCAAGCAUUUGACGGCCUAUUUCAACAACCUCAACAAACACGGAAUGAAAUUCAACCCAACCAAAUGUAUUUUCAUUGUCACCCACAGCAAAUUAUUGGAUUAUAUCUUCAGCAAAAAAAAAAUCGAGGCAAACCCAAAAAAAAAAUCAUCAGUAUUACUGACCACGCAUCUCCAAAAAAUACAAAAGAGGUACAUCGACUCACAAGUGCUGCACCUGCUCUUUGCGGAACAACACAUAUGUUGAAUGAGAUGCUAAAUGCGAAGAUACCUUCAAACUAUUAAAUAAGUAUUUAUCCACCCCACGAUCUUAGAGAAGCCAUAAAAUGGAGAAAUUUUGUACUUGUACAUAUCAAUCUUAAGCUCUAUGGUAAGUAGUAUUCUAGUUAGUGGAGGAUACAAAACAAGAAAUUAACAAAUGAAUGCCUACCUACAUGUAAUUCAAUGACUUGUAAGUGCGGAUGAGUUAGAAAUAAAUAGAGCAAAGAGUAAACGGUACACAAAGUUUGUUAAUGGGGUUCGUUUCCUACAUCUUCGUGACCUCGUCCAGAUUUCGAAUCCACUAGAAUGAGAAAGUAAAUUACAACCAAUUCGCAAACGCGUAACACAAGCACAACCCUCUUGGAUCACCGCUCUCUUCUAUAUCAUGAACUCUUUAAGGUAAACUAACCUUCAGCUACACUCUCCCAGAGUUCAGACUUUAUCAGGAUAACCUAACCAUGAGCUAAACUUCCUCUGAAUCUGGAAUUCAACCUUUUAACAUGGACAUCUAUGUGUUCAUCUUUGCAACCAAUACACUCAAAUGCUUCCUUGUUCCCUCUAACAUGAAUCCCAAGGAUGCUCGAUGGUUCCUCUCUUUGACUUCAAUGAAUUAACUAGAUACCAAUUUCCAAACUCUUUCGCAUGUAUUAUUCUUCUUUUUAUAUCAUGUUUAUGCUGCAUCUUCUGAAUAUAACUACAUAAAAGGCAUGUAGGCAUGUAAUGUAUAAACUUUGUCGUCGCCUAUUUACCACCUAACGAUUUCUUGAACAUUGAUAAAUAUUAGCUAUCACCAAAAUAAAACUUUAAAGGACAGUUGGAAAGGAAACAGAAGAAUAACAGAAAAAGAUUUGUUUAUAUGUUUUUUGUUGCUAAAAUUAGCAUAUACUCCAACGGCUUUUGAAACCCAAAAUGUUUCAUUUUAAAACAUUUUUUUUAUUAUCUUGUUAGUUUCAAAAGGAAAUUGUGUAAAGAUGGUACGAAGCGAGAGAAGAGACGAAAGGGUUGUGGUUGCGAUUGAUCGAGGCAAAGGUAGCCAGGCUGCACUGAAAUGGGCUGUUGAUAAUCUUGUAACCUCGGGAGAGAGUCUUACUCUUGUUCAUGUCAAACUCAAACAAGCUUUAGUUAUAAAUGCCAACCCCAAUAAGUCUAGUAAUGACGUCAAGGAAUUGUUUCUUCCAUUCCGCUGCUUCUGCAACAGAAAAGACAUAAGAUGUGAAGAUGCGGUAUUGGAGGAUGUCGAUGCUGCUAAAGGAAUCAUAGACUAUGUCAAAGAGAAUGCAAUUGAUAUUCUAGUACUCGGUGCAUCCAAGAUGACUCUGUUAAAACGGUUCAAAGCGGCAGAUGUUACCAGCAUGGUGAUGAAAGGGGCAGCUAAUUUCUGUACGGUUUAUGCAAUCUCCGGAAGUAAAAUAUCGUCGGUUAGAUCAGCUACGUCUUCACCUCCCCCACUUUGCGCAAUACGUCCACAAAUAACAGCUCGGCCUAGCAACAACUCAAUGGGCCAAGGUGAAACUCAGGACGAGAUCGUGAUCAAGUAUAAGUCUCAAAGAGGAUUUGACCAGGCCUCAGUGACAGACUCCGACAUGUCGUUUGUGAGUAGUGAUAGGCCAAGCGUCGAUCUUAUGUUCCCAACGUCACGUCUCUCUAUUUACUCUGAGUUCGAAGACAACCGAUGCAGCUUUGCCACAUCCUCAUGCUCAUCAGAGAAACAAUCCGUAGACUUGGGUUCUUCAUAUUCGGCAUUCUCCCCAGGCUCUCAGGGAAGUGGGAGACUCUCCACGUGGUCACUCCAGGAUGAUGUACAAGCUGAGAUGAGAAGAUUGAAAAUGGAGCUCAGGUAUACAAUGGAAAUGUAUAGCACCGCCUGUAAAGAAGCAAUCACAGCCAAGAACAUGAGUAAAGAGUUACACAAAUGGAGAGUAGAGAAGGAGCACAAGCUAGAAGAAGCAAGACAGGCCAAAGAAGCGGCAAUGGCAAUGGCUGAGAACGAGAAGGCAAAGACCAGAGCAGCAAUGGAAGCAAUAGCCACCGCUAAUAGAAUAGCAGAAAUCGAAGCACAGAAGAGAAAACAAAUCGAAACGGCGUCUCUGAGAGAAGCAGAAGAUAAGAACACUAGUGAUAGAAGGUAUAGGGAAUAUACAAUCGAGGAGAUCGAAGAAGCAACAGAAAAUUUCUCAAUAAAUAACAAGAUUGGAGAAGGAGGUUACGGACCUGUCUACAAGGGCACAUUAGACUACACAAAAGUGGCGAUAAAAGUCUUGAGACCGGACGCAAGGCAAGGAAGAUCGCAGUUCCAGCAAGAAGUGGAAGUCCUAACCUCGAUAAGACACCCGAACUUGGUUCUCUUGCUAGGAGCCUGCACGGAGUACGGGUGUCUAGUCUACGAACACCUCGAAAACGGCAGCGUAGAAGACCUUCUCCUCAAACGAGGAAACAACUCUCCAUCGCUUACGUGGCAGCUACGGUUCCGCAUCGCAGCCGAAAUCGCCACUAGUCUCAACUUCCUCCACCAGAUGAAACCGGAGCCGGUCGUGCACCGGGACCUUAAACCGGCUAACGUGUUGCUCGACCAGCAUAUGGUCAGCAAGAUCGCCGACGUGGGUCUCGCUAGGCUCGUCCCUCCCUCGGUCUCUGACGCCGUGACGCAGUAUCGAGUGACGUCAGCUGCUGGGACCUUGUGUUAUAUCGAUCCUGAGUACCAGCAGACGGGUAUGCUUGGAACCAAAUCAGACGUGUACUCGUUCGGGAUCACGGUGCUGCAGUUACUCACGGGGAAGCCACCGAUGAGCUUGACUCACCAGGUGCAAAAGGCGAUUGAAGGAGGGACGUUUGCUGAGAUUUUAGAUCCUGAUGUUCAUGACUGGCCACUCGAAGAGGCCUUGGUUUUAGCGAAAAUUGGUUUACAAUGCGCUGAGUUGAGGCGGAGAGACAGACCUAACUUGGGGAAGGAUGUGUUGCCUGAGCUUAAGAGGCUCAUGGAUUUAGCUGAAGAAAGCAUGUCAGAAUAACAGCGGAACUGAUAGUGUAGCAUCCACGAGAUAUUAAGCGAUCCAUGUCUCAACAAAUAUGGGAAUGGUGGAAGUUUUAAUUACUGAACAUCCUCUUGAGGAGGUAAUACAGAGGGAGUAGAGGGCCGUGUGAAGAGGAAGAAGGAAUACACAAAUGUAAGUAAGAAAACUCAUCAGCUUACUUACUAAAAUGGACUUACAGUAAAAAAAAAAAAAAAAAAAAAAAAAA